UUGAAACGAUGGAAGUCUACACAGCACUCUGUUUGGUGACUCUACUAGUUGCCCUCCUUUCAAAAGGGUCUCACUCUCAGUUGGAUGUGUGUGGAAUCUCUCCUCUCAACACUAGGAUCGUGGGGGGUCAGAAUGCUCCUACAGGGAAUUGGCCAUGGCAGGUCAGUCUGCAGAUAUCUGGCAGACAUUUUUGUGGGGGAUCCCUUAUCAACAAAGAGUGGGUGCUGACUGCUGCUCACUGCUUUCCCAGCACCAGUACAUCAAAUGUGGUGGUCUCCUUGGGUCGUCAGAGCCAGCAGGGCUCCAACCCCAACGAGGUAAGCAAGACCGUCGCUCAGAUCAUCCGCCACCCCAACUACACCAGUAGUACCAGUGACAACGACAUGUGUCUGCUGAAGCUCUCCUCCCCCGUGACUUUUACCAACUACAUCCAGCCAGUCUGCCUGGCAGCACCAGGCAGCUCCUUCUAUGCUGGCACUACUAGCUGGGUCACCGGCUGGGGCACCACCAGCAGUGGAGGAUUGUCCCUGCCCUCACCACAGACCCCACAGGAGGUGAAUGUACCAGUAGUGGGAAACAGGCAGUGUAACUGUGACUAUCGAGUUGGCUCCAUCACUGACAACAUGAUCUGUGCUGGUUUAUCAGCAGGAGGAAAGGAUUCCUGUCAGGGGGACUCAGGAGGUCCGAUGGUGAGCAAACAGGGUACUCGCUGGAUCCAGUCUGGUGUUGUGAGCUUUGGCAAUGGCUGUGCUCUGGCAAAUUUCCCAGGUGUGUACGCCAGAGUUUCCCCGUACCAGACCUGGAUCAACAGCCAGAUCACCAGUAACCAGCCAGGCUUCGUCACCUUCUCCUCCAAUGGGACUGACUCUGACCUCAGUGUCACCUGCGCUGGUCUGCCAUCAGUCGGAACCACCACCACCCCUACUACCACACCUGCACCUGUGGUGUGUGGCAGCGCCAGCGCCUCUUUGAACUCCCGUAUUGGUGGGGGAAGCUCGUUGGCGACAGCAGGCACCUGGCCCUGGAUAGCCAGCCUACGGAAGAACGGAGCACACGUCUGCGGGGGCACGUUAGUGGCGGUGGACUCUGUCAUGAGCGACGCUAGCUGCUUCUCCAGCCAGCCCAACGUCUCUCAGUGGACCGUGAUCCUGGGCCGUCUGAAGCAAAACGGCUCCAACCCUAACGAGGUAACCCUGAAUGUCCUCAACAUCACCAUGAGCAACCUGACGGGCAACAACGUGGCCAUCCUCCUACUGGCCAGCAAACCCAAGUUGUCUAACUAUAUCCAGCCUAUCUGUGUGGCAGGAAUCAGCACCUUCAGCACAGGGACUAAGUGCUGGGUGGCUGGCUGGGGCACGGGCCAGGGUGGGGCUGAGCAAGUCCUGCAGGAGUUCCAGACCUCUGUGGUGGAAUGCGUGAAUGUUUCAUCUUCGGACAACAUUUGCACCGGAACUGUGACACUACUGCAGGGUGAUGUGGGUGGUCCUCUGAUGUGUAAGCAGGGCAACUCAUGGUUUCAGACUGCUGUGUUGACUGUCGACAGCAGCAGCAGCAACACCACUAGCAGCAACACCACUAGCAGCAACACCACUAGCAGCAACACCACUAGCAGCAACACCACUAGCAGCAACACCACUAGCAGCAACACCACUAGCACUAACAGCACUAGCAAAGCACUAUCGAGCCAGAGUCCCCGUAUCUCCACCAUCCAAGUCUUCACCAAAACCUCUCACUUUAAGAACUUCCUGGCUGAUAUAGUAUCUGAAGAUUAUGCCUUUGUUAAAUGUUUUUCAUGAAGAAAUAGAAUGUUGUUUAUGGUAGUAUCAA